AUGUCGUUUAGAAUUAGAAGGUACGCUUUCCCCCAGCUUCCUCACCUUAUUCCAUGUUCUUCACCUUCCGUCUUUCUCUCUUCCCCUUUUUCCCUUACCCCCAAAUUCUUUGCCCAUUCUCAAACCCCCAAUGUGAAUAGCGUUUCCAACUCCAUAGCUUCAUUCAUUCGCUUACUCCAUCUGCAUCCCCCACCUUCCAUACUCCAAAUUAAUAAGAUUUUAGGAUCACUUGCCAAGUCUAAACAUAAUCGCACUGCCAUCUCAUUGUUUGCACAAGCUGAGUUUAGGGGAUUCACACCCGAUUUAUUUACACUCAACAUCUUGCUCAAUUGUUACUGCCAUUUGGGUGACAUGUAUUCUGCUUUCUCAACAUUGGGCAAGAUUCACAAGAUGGAUCUUCAACCGGAUACUGUAACUUUGAAUACGCUGAUAAAAGGACUGUGCAUUAGGAACGAGGUUGGAGAAGCAUUGGACUUUUAUGACGACAUCAUGGCCAAAGGAUUUCAGUUAGAUAAAUUUAGCUACGCAACUUUGGUCAAUGGGCUGUGUAAACUUGGGAAAGUAAGGUCUGCCAUUAAAUUGGUCCGAAAGAUGGAGAGGCACUCAGUUAAGCCUAAUGUAGUCAUAUACACCACAAUCGUUGAUAGCCUUUGCAAAGGUGGACAUGUUAAUGAGGCCCAUGAAUUGUGUUCAAAAAUUGUUCAUCAAGGAAUUUUACCAGAUAUUGUCACCUAUAACUCUCUAAUCCAUGGUCACUGCAACAAGGGACAAUGGCAAGAAGCUAACUCUUUGCUCCAUGAGAUGGCACUGAAAGGCAUCAAACCUGAUGUUUAUACAUUUAACAUAUUGAUUGAUGUGCUCUGCAAAGAAGGAAAGAUCAUAUAAGCUGAAGGAGUGCUUGCCAGGAUG